AUGCGAGUCGCAUUGUCUCUGAUCCUUCGUCUUUCCUCCUCCCCCCCACCUCACCCCCCUCGCUCCCCCACUUCCCCUCUCUUCCUCCCUCUCUCCCCCGUCCCUCCAUCCAUCCUAGCCUUUCAUUUCCUCCCCCUUUCCAUGCCAACCCCCCCAACCCCCAACCCCAUGCCUUCCCACACCUCCAUAUUACCCCUCUUAUCUCCUCCCCCUCUUCCUGACCCCCCUCCUCGCCGCCCGCUCCCCGCUUCUCCUCCUCUCUACAGUACCCGUCAUGCAGUGCAAGUACUAUGCGAGCAAGGCAGCACUCAAUACCCCUUCUCCUCCUCUUUUGUCGUUUGUGGUGCAGAACAGAAAGAGGUUGCAGCCAUUUGGCAGUACGGCACUCCGCUCUUCAUGCCGGCGCGGGGCGGUGGGCAGUCUGUCUGCCUGUGCUGUGCUGCCCAUGAUUGCUCCCCUGCUGCCUUCCCUCUUCCCCUCCCCACCCCUCACUUCCCUCUUCCCCUCCCCACCCCUCACUUCCCUCUUCCCCUCCCCACCCCUCCCUUCCCUCUUCCCCUCCCCACCCCUCCCUUCCCUCUUCCCCUCCCCACCCCUCCCUUCCCUCUUCUCCUUCCCACCCCUCCCUUCCCUCCUCUUCCCUUCCCUCCCUUCCUCUCCUCCUUCCUCCUUCCUCCUUCGUCCUUUCCCUUUGUGCUCUCCACCCUCCUUUCUCUCCCCUACUGCACGGCGAGGGGGGUACAGCGAGCUAGAGGCUACGGCAAGCUAGUACAGAAGGAGAUAGCGGCCAUUCAGCAGUAUGGAGCGCCACUCUUCAUGCCGGGAGAGGGGGGCAGUCCGGGAGGCAUGCCCCCCUCCUUUGGCCACUCGCCCUCGGUGCCCCGCCAACCCAUGAGCCACCGCAUGCAGCAGCGACUGGGCAAUCAACAGGGACCCACCCAUGAGCCACCGCAUGCAGCAGCGACUGGGGGGAGGGGGGGGGCGUUAUCACCCGUUAUCCCAUCCUUUCCAUCCUACUCCAUCUCAUUCCAUCGCACUCCACCUCAUUCCAUCGCACUCCACCUCAUUCCCACCCAUUCUGUUGUCUGUCUGUCCUCUCAGGGCGGGCGCAGCGCUACUCCAGGGAUGACAGGCAGCGAGGCGGCUACAGAGAUGGGGGUGGGGGAGGAGGUGCAAGAGGGAGAGACGACAACGAGCCUAUGCAAGAGGCAGGGAGACAAGGGAGAGUCUAGACCGAACCAAGGGAGAGGCGGUGGGAUGCGCAAGAGAGGCAGGGAGGCAAGAGAGAAUGCACAAUUAUCCAAUCCCACCCCUUACUCCCCUGUCCUCCCCCACUUCCUCACCUCCCCUUCAACACUCCCCCUCUCCCCCGCCCCCCUUUUUCGCUUCUAA